UUAACUAUGUAUGUGAUAAUUGGAUGAUUAAUGACAUGAGUAUUUGGGAAGUCCGUGGCGGAAAACAGAAUUUUACUUAUUCCAAAAUUAUGUGCUGGGUUGCUGUGGAUCGAGGAAUUCGAUUAUCAGAAAAACGUGUAUUCCCGUGUCCAGAUAGGAAUAGAUGGUUACAAGUUAGAGACACAAUUUAUGAAGAAAUUAUGACUAAGGCUUGGAAUCCUAAAAGAAAAAUUUUCACUCAAUCUUAUGAAGCCUUAGAUUCUUUGGAUUCUUCAGUGUUGAUUAUGCCUUUAGUAUUCUUUAUUAGUCCAACUGAUCCAAGAUUUUUGAGUGGACUUUCGGUGAAUAAUCUUGUUUUCCGCUACAACAAUCAUACUACGGACGACGGAUUAAGUGGAGAAGAAGGAGCCUUUUCAAUGUGUACAUAUUGGUUAAUCGAAGCAUUAACACGUGCUGGAAAAUAUGAUCGAAAAUUACUAGAAAAAGCAGAAUUUAUAUUUGAACAAAUGAUUGUACAUGGAAAUCAUUUAGGAUUGUAUAGUGAAGAAAUUGCAAAUGGUGGUGAGCAUUUGGGAAAUUUUCCUCAAGCUUUUACUCAUAUUGCUCUUAUUAGUGGUAGGAUUAAUUUAAAAGAAUCCGUUAAUGUUUUCUUUAAGACGAGCUGGUGCUGUGAUUGGCCUGUCUUAGAACGUGGAAUGUUUCGGAAAGGUUCAUUAGAUCACGGCACAGUUAAAUCUAAUAAAUCUGGUAAAUAUGGAUUAGAAGUAGAUACACCCUCUUU